AUGUAUUGCCCAGGCUACCAGCAGCCCAUGCGUUUCAGGGUCCCCGGAAAGACGAAACACUGGCGGUGCUGCCGCAAGAAACGUCAUAAUGACGCACAAGCAGCUCGCCUACUGUAUGCAUGGAGUAUGCGAGCGUCGCACGCCAACGCGGCGAAGACAGCGGACGUAUCGGAGAUCACAGUGGAGGACUGGUACGGCUACGUUCGAUGUCUCUGCUCGAAGCAGCUGCUCAGCGAUCAAUUUUGGAUUGGCGGUGUGGACCACGUUGUCGAAAUUGACGAAACAAGCCUAACAAAGAAAGCCUUGUUCGCGAUCUGGUACGUUCCCUCGUGGCUGACGACUGCCUGA